UUUACACGUCACAACACUUCAUCGUUCCCAUUGAAAAGUGAAACGUUGUAUUGAAGAGCGGCAGUGUAGUAAAAAGUGCAUACAAUCAAGACUGAUUUCCUUUAAUUUACUAAAAAUAUUAAAUAAAUUUAAACAUAAAUCAUGUUCAAAUCCCUAUUAGUUGCCUGCGCCUUGUUGGCCGCUGUCAAUGUCUGCUUAUCUGAUGAAGAAACCUCUGCCCGUUUGUUGGUUUCCAAACAGAUCUUAAACAAAUACUUGGUUGAGAAAAGCGAUCUGUUGGUACGUUACACUAUUUUCAAUGUAGGUAACGGUGCUGCCACCAACAUUAAGUUGGUUGACAAUGGUUUCCAUCCCGAAGCUUUUGAAGUUGUUGGUGGUCAACCCACUGCUACCGUUGAACGUCUUGCUCCUCAGGCCAACUACACCCAUGUCUUGGUUGUACGUCCCAAGUCUCAUGGUUAUUUCAAUUUCACUGCUGCUGAAGUUUCCUACAAACCAGUAGAAGAAGCUGAAAAGUUGCAAUUGGCCAUUAGCUCUGAACCUGGUGAGGGUGGUAUUGUAAACUUGAACGAAUUCAACAAGCGUUUCUCUUCCCACUUCUUCGAUUGGGUUGCCUUCGCCAUUAUGACUUUGCCUUCUUUGGCCAUUCCUUUGGCUUUGUGGCACUCAUCCAAGAGCAAAUAUGAACGUUAUGGCAAAAACAAAAAGCAUUAAUUUUAUAACAUGCUAUUUUUUAAGAUUUUAGGAACAUAAUUUUUUAUACAUUUCAAAAAAUUUACUAAAAUUCCCUCCCUUUUACGAUUUUGGUUCCAUUUUUCCUGCUACAUACGAGAAGAACACAGUGCAUCAUUUUUUUAAGGAAAUUCUUUCAUCUUGUCACAAGAAAGGAAAGUUUUUUUUUUAGUUUUAGCAUGAAAAAAUCGUUUUAGAUUUAUUAGAAAAACUGAAGGAAGAAUGCGUUGUCUUUCGAUUUAUAAUUUAAAUAAUGAUCUAUGUUAAAAAAAGAAUAAUAAUUGUUAAAUAAAUCCUCAUCUUAAAACGCACUUUCUAAGUUGUUAACAGAAGAAUAACUAACUAUCAUAGAUAUUUCAACAUAAUUUAUUUAUUGUGCGUUGUUUGUCAAACAAAAUGAGAUUUUUUUUCUAAUAAAAAAAUAAUAAAAAAUAAA